AUGUCGAAAUUAAUGAUAUGGAAGCAAGAAGCGCCUGCGAACUGCUACACUUGCUGUACAGCGACUCUAAAGGAAGGAAAUGUUACCGCGGAAUCAUUCGGAAGAUCUUGGAACAGAAGGCUGUCACCUUUGAUAUGGCGUGUACCUAUAUGUAUAUGGGCGCUAGCUAUAAUCUGCUGGUCGACUAUAUGCUUCUGGGGACCAAGAGAGAAGUUCCUAUUAUAUAUGACGCAUUGGGGUCUAGUAAUGAUUCUGAUUGAGUCCGUAUUCGGUAUCUUAGUAGCUGUAAAAACGAUGCGCGGUCAUCUAGCAGAUCCUUCCCGAGGUCUGCCAUGGUACGUGAAGAUGUACUGGGUCCUGUACAACAUCACAGUGCCGCUUGCUUUCCUCAUUACGCUCUUCUACUGGGCCAUACUGAGAGCACCUGGAAGAAAGAUGAACUACGCUCCAAAUCCUAUCCUGGACGUGAUGCUACACGGAGUCAACUCUGGUCUGAUGUUCGUGGAACUAGUGAUGUCAAUUCAACCCAGUCGUUUAGUGAACAUCAUGCAGCCGCUCUACUUCUCCGGGGUGUACUUAUUGUUCACCAUGAUUUACUACGCCGCCGGUGGGCUUGACCCAUGGGGCAAUGCUUUCAUAUAUCCAGUGAUAGACUGGUCAAAGCCAGUUCAGACGCUAGUGGUGGUGACGCUGACGGCUCUGUUCCUGGGGCUGAUGCACAUCCUCGCUGUAGUGGUAGCAUCCAUCCGAGACUUCAUCAUACGAAAAUUUGAUAAAGACAAAAGCGGAGAAUACAACGACGGUUUCGAAGCCUGA